UCACGUAGGACAGAUUGUGGCCUUAGCCUUCCAGCAACCUGAAAAGACGAGUAAUCAACAAACAACGCUAUUAGUCAUAUACAGUGGUCACGUAAACUAUGACAUUCAGCCAAUCAGAUUCGUGGUCAAACCACCCUGCAUAUAAUAAGGGUAAUAGUGUAGUUCAUUCUGUCCUAGUUGAACACAACAACGGCUUUGGCGCAUAACAGAAGAAAGACAUCAUCCAUUUGAAUCAAAGAAGUGCAUUAGCCUACAAAAUGACGCUCGUUUUUAUGGUGAUGUUCGUAAGUGCUCAUGCCAGUAUAGCACUUCAUGAUCAAACGUUCCAAAAAGAUUAUCCGCAUUCUGGUCCUUCGUUAGUGUGUGACCAGUGUCCACCUGGAACGUACCUCCGCGCGCCCUGCAGUUCUUCCCAAAAGAGCGACUGUGCAAAAUGUCCAGAUGGGUCAUUUACAGAGCUUUGGAACAGCAUAACGAAGUGCCUGCGUUGCAGCAUGUGCGACGUGAACCAGGUCGUCACGAAGGAGUGUUCGUCAUCCAACAACUGCCAGUGCGAAUGCAAGGAAGGUUACUUCUUCAACAAGAAAUACGAUGCGUGCGUAAAACAUAAAGAAUGUAUGCCCGGCUAUGGUGUGAAUGUUACAGGUACACCACAUCGGGAUACACAAUGUGCGCUGUGUCAGCCCGGAUUCUAUUCCGACGGUUUUUCUGCAAAAGAUCUUUGUGUUGCGCACAGAAAAUGUGAAGAUGAUGGAUUUCGCGUGGUGCUGAAAGGAAGGGAGUGGCAUGACACACUGUGCGCAUCAUGUCAAGAUCUCAAAACUCGCGAUGGCGCUGAAUAUUUACAUGAGAUCCUCCCGACAUUCUUCAUAAAGCUUCAACAGACGAUGGGCAUCAAGAAAAUGCGUCGUUUUGGGAUGAAGCUGUCUCAACUGGGAGGAAAAACAACAGCCAGAGAAACUAUCAUGAAGCUUUCUAAAAGUGGUCUUAACGACUUUAUAAACAGUUGGGUCCAAAAAGCAGGGAACGACCAGGUUAGGAAACUGCCUGAGAUUUUGGGCAAAAUAGGUUCCCCUCAGGAAGGAGAAAAACUACAGUGUAAACUUGAAUAUAUCGAACAACAAUCUAAACUCUGCGACGGGUUGAAUGAAUAACAUUAACAUUUUAAUGUUGCCUCUUAUCUUCGAUUAACAAGUAGCCUAUGAAAGAAAAACGAGGUAUUACAUCACAGGCCACUAGACAGGAUGCAACUACUUACAUUUUGGGCUGUGAUGUACUUUUUAAAUCAUAAAGCUAAAAUACAUUUUAAAUGGUAAGAAUUUAUCCCAGCAGAGACACAAAUUAGCAUGAUUUACUUCAGUGUUUUAAAUACAAACAAAAACCUUACGCCAUUUUACAAUCAUAUCUAGGAUAUAGUGGUAGGCACGUGCAUAUUUCCGUUAAGUAAUGUGAUACUGGUUACAUUUCAAUAGCCCAAUUCCAAAACAUUUACAAAAAGCGUAGCCUGGAGAAUUAUUUGUGUGAUUGAACUGUAGAUUUCCACAUUAAAUGCAGAUUGUUCCUAACUACCUCUGUUGUUGUCAGUAAGCCAGCAAAGACUCUUGUGCAUGGUUUGUGAUUUUGUGUCAUUUAAAAAAAAGAAUUGAAAUAUUUAUAGUUUAAUAUAUGUUACACAUGGAUAUGGAAAUUUGAUAUUAGCCUAAUUUAUCAAUUAAUUGUUUAUCUUUUUAUAUAUGGAACAAAAUCCAUAAAACUGUCCUUAAACUGCAAUAAAUGGUUUCCUGGCUUAACAUCCUUCUGAUUUUAUGGUCCCUGUGGGACAACAAGACUUGGGGCUACUUAUAUACUUUUCUCUACUCAAAAUGUCAAAAGUAUCUAUUUUUAUUCUGUAUUUUA